AUGUCUACUAGUGCACAAGAAGAAGUUGAGGAUGACGAUUUUGAUGACACAAUAGGGAUGUUUGAGGCUGCAUAUGAUUACUUUGACGAUAGUCCAGCAAAUUUCGAGGAGCUACUAGGUGAUGCGAAGAAACCAUUAUAUCCAAAUUGUAAGAACUUUACCAAAAGAUCUGCAUUAUUGAAGUUAUAUAAUUUGAAAGCGAAAUUUGGAUGGAGCGAUAGAAGUUUUACAGAGUUGUUGGCAUUAUAUGAGAAGAUUCAUGCUUGCCGCAAGGAUUGUUGCUUGUUUAGAAAAGAACUCUCAGAUGCAGAUGAAUGCCCCAUUUGCGGAACAUCAAGAUGGAAGCUUCGUAAAGAUUCAAAGGAAGCAAUGAAAAAUGUUCCGGCCAAAGUCAUGUGGUACUUCUCUCCAAUUCCAAGAUUUCAACGAAUGUUUCGAAGCAAAGAAAUAUCAAGUUUGUUGACUUGGCAUGCCAAAAAAAGAGUAAGUGAUGGGUAUAUACGACAUCCAGCAGACUCAAUUUCGUGGAAAGAAGUAGACAAAUUGUGGCCAGAGUUUGGUCUAGAGCCUAGAAACCUUCGUCUUGCUCUUUCAACAGAUGRGGUCAAUCCACAUGGUGAACAAAAUAGUAAAUAUAGUUGUUGGCCAGUUAUGUUGGUGACGUACAAUCUACCCCCGUGGUUGUGCAUGAAGCGAAAAUUUCUGAUGUUGACUGCAUUAAUAUCUGGUCCCAAACAAYCAGGAAAUGACAUAGAUGUUUAUUUAGCUCCAUUAGUUGAUGAUUUGAAGAAGCUUUGGAAUGAUGGAGUUGAAUGUUUUGAUGCAUAUCAAGAACGGUGUUUUACACUUAAAGCUAUUUUACUGUGGACUAUUAAUGAUUUUUCUGCGUAUGGGAAUUUGUGUGGUUGUGCGGUAAAAGGAUAUCACGCAUGUCCAAUUUGUGGGGAGAAAACUUCAUCCAUUUAUUUGCCAAAAGGGAGGAAGGUGGCGUAUCUCGGGCAUCGUAAGUUUUUACCACGUAAUCAUCCAUAUAGGAAGCAGAAGAAAGCAUUUAAUGGAAAAUCAAAGGAUAGAUUACAAGCUCGCCUAGAUUUGGUCAAAUUGAAUAUUAGACCAGAGCUGACCCCUCAAGUGGGAGAGAAAAGUAUAUUUUUACCUCCAGCAUGUUAUACAUUAUCACGAGUGGAGAAAUUGAAUUUGUGCAAGACACUAUCAGAAACUAAAGUACCCGAAGGUUAUUCAUCUAACAUACAGUCUCUAGUGUCGUUAGAAGAAUUGAAACUUAAUAACCUCAAGUCACAUGACCAUCACGUUCUUAUGCAACAAUUGUUAUCGGUGGCCAUUCGUGGUAUUUUACCGAAAUAUGUUAGAUAUGCCAUUAUUCGACUAUGCUUAUUCUUCAAUGCUAUAUGUAGCAAAACAAUUGAUUCGUCCAAGUUAAAAGGCUUGCAAGAAGACAUAGUCGUCACUUUAUGUUUGUUAGAAAARUAUUUUCCACCGGGAUUCUUCACAAUAAUGAGUUAUGUAAGAAAUGGAAUGCGACCGGAGGGAUUCAUUGGAGAAAGUUAUAUUGUCGAGGAGGCUGUAGAGUUUUGUUCUGAGUAUCUAUCUGGAAUUGAUUCAAUUGGGUUAAGGUCAUCGAUGAGGAAGGAGAAUUCAGACAUUGAUAGACCAUUGUCUAUUGCUUCUUACAGCAAACCGAGUAAGGAUCAACUAGAUCAAGCUCACCUUUAUGUCCUUCAAAAUGUAAAUGAUGUGCUUCCGUACGUAGGGCAACACAUGGAUGUUUUGUCUAAGCUUAAUCCAAGUAAGUCUAAAAACAAGAAGUGGCUUCAAGAUGAGCAUAAUCGCACAUUUAGUAGUUGGUUGCGAGAACGGGUUGCACUUGCUCUCGCGGUGCCGAAUAACUCCAUAACACCUUCUUUAAGAUGGAUUGCACAUGGGCCUCGUCCAGAUGUAGCCACCUAUUGUGGUUACGUGGUUAAUGGUUGUCAUUAUCACACAAAAAGACGUGAUGAUAGAAGAAAGGUUCAAAAUAGUGGAGUUAGUAUAACGGCUAAUACAAUGCAAGUUUCCAGUGCUAAAGACAAGAGUCCUAUCAUUUCAGAUAUGACAUUUUAUGGUGUAAUACAAGAAAUCUGGGAGCUUGACUAUCAUCAUUUGACAGUUAUCUUAUUCAAAAGUGAUUGGGUUGAGAAUAAGAAUGGACUUAAAAUAGAUGAACUUGGUUUUACUACCGUGGACCUAAAUCAUAUUGGACAUAAAUUAGACUCAUUUAUCUUAGCCUCUCAAGCAAAGCAAGUGUUCUUUGUGAGAGAUCCUAUUAAUCCUCGUUGGUCGGUGGUUUUAACAUCUCCUCAACGAAUAGUUGAAGAUGAUUUCUACGAAGAUGAAUUAGGAGAUAAUGUUGAAGAUUGUGGUUAUGGAGUUUUACCUAGUAUGCCAAAUAUCGAGACAUUUCAUGAAAGCGAUGAAACAUCAUCUACGUAUGUUAGAAAUGAUUGUGAGGAGCUUUUAAAUGGGUGA